CAUUCGGGCACAACUCAGUCACUCGAGUAUUAAUCAACAUGUCAGGUCGCGGUAAAGGAGGUAAAGGACUCGGAAAAGGGGGCGCCAAGCGUCACCGAAAGAUCCUUCGGGAUAACAUCCAAGGUAUCACUAAGCCAGCCAUCCGUCGACUCGCUCGUCGUGGCGGUGUCAAGCGUAUCUCUGGUUUGAUCUACGAAGAGACUCGCGGUGUUCUCAAAGUUUUCCUCGAGAAUGUGAUCCGUGAUGCUGUGACGUACACCGAGCACGCCAAGAGAAAGACUGUGACAGCCAUGGAUGUGGUGUACGCUCUGAAGAGACAAGGUCGCACCCUGUACGGUUUUGGCGGUUAGACGGACACUUCACACAACAAACGGCUCCUUUAGGAGCCACCAAGUCUUAAAAAAGUCGUGACCAAUAAAGUUGUUGAAAUAAU